CACAUGACUCUGUCAUCAUCGGGAGAGGAAGGAGGAUGAGGAAGUAGCUGCUGGAGCAGGACUGGAGAUGUAGCUUCCCACACCAAUGCACCAGCAUCUGUCAGGACUUUACUAGCUAGGCAGCUAGAUAAUAGUAAUAUUUUUACAAUGCGAUGGGUAACUGCUGGGCAUACUGUUCUGGGCUCUUCCGGAGAGAGGCCAACAGGAUCCAGAGAGGAGGCGGUUCAAAAUACUUCCGGAGCACCACCACAGGGGAACAUUAUACAAUAGAGUUUGAAAAUCUGGUAGAGAGUGAUGAGGCUGAGAGCCCACAGCCCUGCCCGAGGCCCAUCAAUGAAGAUGAGAUCAAGAACCUUAGGGAGCACCGCUACACUGCACUUUCAGAUCAACAGAUCGUGAUUGACCAAAAGCUGCAAGCGGAGUUAGAGGCACAAGAGGAGAAGUUGAGGCUAGAAGAGGAGGCUAGAAAUGCCGCCCAGCGCGAGUCCGCCAGGUUGGCGCGUGAACGAAAGUUGAAGGAGCAGCUGUCUGCCCAGAGGACACGGGGGAAAGCAGAUGGCUCCGGCGGUGAAACUCAGCAAAGAAAGGCUCCCGGGGAUUUUGACGUCUACCUCCAUCAUGUGAAGGCCCAGUCGGACGCCUUCAGGAGCAACAGACUGCCGUCAGACACAAACGUGGUGACCCCCAACACUGAGUACAGCUGGGACUUCACCACCAAGACACGCUCCACCAACGACGACGGCACCUCGCUGGAUCUAGAGUGGGAAGACGAGGAAGGAAUCAAUCGUGCUCUUCCAGCCUGGGAGAGGUCUCGGACGGAGGAGGACAUCCUGCGCGCCGCCCUCAAGCCCGGCGGCAAGCAGUUGACCAGCGGCCCCACCUCCACCUCGGAGGACUCCUACGCACUGGAGUGGGAGAACGAUUUUGUGAGUACGCACCCAGAGGACAGCGCAGACACUGAGUUCGAAGGGUUCGUCAAUCCCGUCCUAGACACUCCCUCUGAGGACGCGUCGGACCCUGGCCUCAAGUUGGACCAUCAGGACAGAUAGUGUCCAGCACCAAAUGAGACGUUUGUUCUGUCCUCUCUAUGUCAAAGCUCACCAGCUUCGGCCUCAUCGAAUGGAAACUCUUCAUAUUUCUGGACUCUGACGCUGUGGGAAUAUGUUGUGCUACUCACUACAGUACGCUGUAGUGAUGUCUUUAUCAAAUACUCAUUUUUCAGUGCCUUCAUUUGCCAUAUUAGCCGACCAUAUAUGCAUUGUAACUUACACAGAUCAGUUACCAUCCAUUACAAUUAAAGACGUUGUGUAAAAAAUAAAUUCUAGGCAACUACAGAAUGAGCGCUAACGUUAGCUUAAAGCUGCAUUCACAUGAUUCGCGGUAAAGCGGCCCGGCGCUGAAAUUACCGUUCUGUUUCUAUGGAGACAGCAGUGGCAAAAUUGUCGCUCAGCAAUGCGCUCAAAGUUCAAAUCAUUUUAAUAUUGAUCUUGUUUACCGCUGACCUUUCGACGAACCACCAGUCAGAUGACAACUGAAUUAGCGGCGCCAGCUAGCAAGGAGGUAACUAAUCUCAACUCGCUGUUUUCACAGCAAGGCUCUGCGCUCAAACCCCACGUGAGCAAAGAGAAAGUUGCGCAACACGUGAAUGCAGUUUAACAGAAACCUUGAUCCUUAAAGUUAAUUAAAGAGUUAAAAUGAACAAAAACUACUUAUCUGAAAUCUCAAGUGCCGCACAAAUUUACCUCGAGGCGGUCUUCCGGUCAGACAAUUUUUGCUAGGGUGGGUUAAAUCGUAUAGUUCUGAUAAUCCAGCAGGUGAAAUUAUUUCAACCCGAGGAGUUUAAGGCACACAACACAAGGUGACGCUAAAGCAGCAAGCAAGAACAUUUUCAUUGACAACGAUAACAAAGAGCUGCACCAAAGUUUUUUAAACACCCCCUGUUUAAACAAUCAUACAGAAAAUACCCCAACAUAAAAACGCUGUGUGUUUUAAUCACAGACGCAAACUAGACUUUUCAAUUGUUGUAAUUUAUUACUGUUGUUUUUAAAGCCCAGCAUGAGCAUGUCUCUGCAUUUGAACUUUCCUAACUGUUGAGUAGGGCUCUAACAAUACAUUGAUCUGGAUCAAUUCAGUGUUUUAAUGAUCCGAUAUCAUCCAUGCAAAGUGAAAACAUGACACGCCCUUAUUUUUUAAAAUAAAAACAAAUAACAGAUUUUAAUUUAAAUGUCUAAAAGAGCCCCUUCACAAAAUUGUCAAAUUAUAUUAUCGAUGCCUUUAGAUAGUUUUCAUAAAUAAAAACUGACUGUGGUAAACGGGCAUAUGAUAUGGUCCCAAAUCGAAUGCAGACCCCUGAAGGGAAGUGAAUGGAAACUUGUGAUAUCAGCAAAUGUGUUGUAUCUUUUUUAGGAAGAGUGACUAUAUCUGAACCGUACAAAACAUGUUGUUUACGUCCGUACUAGCUAGCAGCAGCAGAUUGUCAUGACUUUUGGUUUGUAAAGAAAAUACACAAAGCAAAAAGCAUCAACAAACUACAGCAACUUUAGCAUCACUAAAUCCUGUUGAGCCUGGACCCAAGAUCGUUUCUGCAGACGCUCUGGGCACAACAUUCAUACUUUUUUGUAUAAUUUUUUUACUGUUUAAUUGAGGGUGGUACGCCUGGGUGUAGAGCAUGUCAUGAAGAUCAACAAAUAUGGUACGUAAUGUAUGAGACAGUCAUUUACAAUUUAGGUCAAAACAGCUUUCAUAUCUGAUUUAAAUGUAUCAAUAUUCAGGUCGGUGUUCAUAGGAAUAAAGAAACUCUCAGUGUCCGUUUGCAGUUCCAAGCCCGGUGGUUUUAUGGUUAGAAAUAUACAUAUUUCUAAAAACAUCUGCCAACAAAGAAACAUUUUAUACCAUUUUCUUGAAGUUCAAAAACAAUAGCACAGAACAGCGACAUCAUUGCCAGAACUCAAAAUAUAUUAUGGAUUAUUAAGGAGAGUGUUCUUCUGCACCUCUACACACAGUAUAUAUACAGCUCUGGAAAAAAUUAAGAGACCACUCCAAAUUUUUCUUAAAUCUUUAUCUCUACAUGUAUGGCAGCCUUUCCGGUGUUAGUUGAAUUCCAACACAGAGAUAAAUUGUCAGUUGUUUAAAGAAUACAAUUCAUUUAACUCAAAGACAAAUCUCUAAAUAAAAAAACAAAGAGAAAAUGAUAAUGCUGAAGUGGUCUCUUAAUUUUUUCAGGGGCUUUAUGUUCCCUAUUCCAAAAAUAAAUAAAUAUCUAAACUGGCAAUUUCGUUUCUCAUCUUUAAUUCCAGUAAUGCGCUUUAACUGUUUUUUUGUUAUUGUGGAUCAUAGCUCUGAUAUACAUUGCAGAGGAAUAGCUGAAGAAUGUACAAAUAUGUGGAACAAACAUCACUUUAUUUAGCAGCUUAGAAAAAUCACGGUUGAUUUCUGAUCAGUUUCUGGCAUUAGGUGUUCAAAAUGUCUUCAGGAGACAAAUUAUUUAAUUUAAUAUGAAAUUACUCUGGACUAAAGACAUUAAUAAAUCCGUAUCUUAUUAUUGAUUAUGGUUUAAAAUAAAAGCAAUAUUUUGUGGAGAUAAUGUGAAAAGAUGGAGGUCAUGAAACAUUCAAAAUGUGGUGUAAUAAUAUUAAUAGAUCUAAUGCUGCUCUCCGGAAUCUGCUGUAUACAUUAAUCUACUUCCUGUGCUUGGACCCUCGCAAACAUUUGUGUUUCACAUUAAUUAUUUAACCUGUUUGAAUCAAAGGUAGUUCACUGAUUGCACUCCAGUGUGGAUUUUUGAUUUUGGUGUUAUUAUCUCUUAGAAAACAUUCAAUGAAAUGAUUUUUAUUGUGUGAGAAAAGGAAACUGAUCCGAGGAAUGUGCACUGCUCUUUGAAGUGUGUAGACAAGACCAAGUUGAUUUUCAUUUCUUAUUUCACUUUGACUUUUGGUAUGAUAUUAUUUCUGAUUAAUCACUGUAACUUUUCUGUACAUUUACAUUACUUGUCACACUGAGCCUGAAAUAAAAUAUAGAAAAAAUGCAUCCUGCAACACCUGCACUGUAAUGACCAAAUGCAAAUUGAGAUGAAGCACAGCUAGAUGUAAUACAUUUAAAUAGAAACCUUACUUUCACAAUUACUAGAAGUAAAUUCUAACAUUUAGCAUGUGUGAAAUAUCGCCUUAAAAAUCACAAAGUACAAAACUCAAAGAGUGACAGACCAAACUUAAAGGCGACUUCAGAGAACUACAAAAAAGAAAAAGCAAAAUGAAAAUGAAACUUUCAUCACAACACACAUCAAAGAAUCUACAAUACAUGUUUAAACAUAAAAUUGCGUAAAUUUAGGUACAGUAUGGACUCGGAGGUGUUAUGAGACAAAAUAUGGGGCUGCCUUUCAUUUAUAUUCCACUGUGUUUCUGUGUUUUGUUUCAUCUCUGAACAUUUUCAAGGGUUCAAGUCCCUUUAAAGGAAUCUAUGCUGAUGAAAAACUGUAAGAUUGUGCACCAAAGCCUAUUUACUCUGUACAGCUUAUCAUGUUUUAUUAAAGUUGGUUAUAGUAUCUUUA